AUGUAUUCUACUAUAUCACAGCCUUCUUCUACUUUAAUUCCUCCAUCUUCUUCAUAUCAAGUUCAAAGAAAUGGUCAUCAAAAUCAUUUCAAGCCAUCCAAUUAUUCUGAUAACUCAGAUAUGUCUCCAAAUGCUAUAUUUAUUCAAUAUCCUUCAUUGAUAACUAACAAUCACCAAGGUAUAAUAAAAACAAAGGACAAGAGUAGCCGUAUUCCUUUUGAACCCUUAGCCAACGAACAAAAUAAACUUUUGAAUCUUCCUUCUUCUUUAUUCAUGCAUUCUCCUCGUUUUGUUAAUAUUAAUAAUACUAGUAAACCUAUGAUUCCAACAAAACGUGCAGCUCAAAAUCGUGCAGCUCAACGUGCCUUUCGUCAACGCAAAGAACGUCAUAUAAAAGAACUAGAAGAAAAAGUAAAGCGAAUGGAUGAAUGGAAAGUCGAGAUUGAACAACUUCGUCAAAAAAAUAAAGAAUUAGAAAGACAAGUCCAUAAACAACAUCAACAACUCUAUCAUCAGCAGCUAUUACAGCAAUCCUACUACCAACAACACUAUCAUCAUCACAAACAGCAAUAUAAGCCACUUACUCCUAAAGGUCGAUAUAAGGUAGCAGUAUCAGAUACGACUACUAAAGAUCAAACUCAAGUAUCAAAGAAACUAAUAAGGAAAUUAAAGGUGAAACAUCAGCACAGUCUCAUAAACGAAAAAGAGCAAUUCUUAUUCCACAAUGCACAUGACAAUAUAGAUUCCUUAUUCAUGCUGGUCAAUAUGCGUUCACCUGAAUAUCAACAAAAGGAAAACAACGUAAUAAACGAUAAUUUGAGUGUUGCUGCUGCUGCUGCUGCUGCUACUACUACUACUAAUACUACUACUACUUCUUCUUACCUUCCUUCUCCUUUAACAUUCUCUUCCAUUGAUUUCGAUAAAAGUAAUACACAAAGUCAAGAACAGAUAAUAUGGCCAUCUGAGAUGAUAUUAGAUGCGUCUGAUAUUAACUUGGAUCCUAUUUUAUCUUAG